GCUUUAGUCAGCUCUAGUAGAAAUUCUUGGGAAAAAGAAGGGAACUUAUCUACUGCAGUUGAUACGGAUUAUAAUUUCUUACAUAUCGAAUUUUUUGCAAUGACGACAAUAAAGAAUCUGUCCACCGAGGUAAUCUACAUCAUCUUACAACAAAAAGUCGUUAACGUCAAGGAUGUCAUAAGUUUCGGUUUAACAUGCAGACAAUUUCUCAACGUGAUCCAUCACAACAACACGCUAUGGCAAAUGAAACUUUAUCAGAGAUGGCCUCAUAUGAAAAGAAUUUAUGACAAACGGAUACAAAAUAAUGAACGUAUAAAUUUUAAAGAUGAAGUAAAAGCGAGCAUUCAAUGUAGAAAUAAAUUACGGAGUCAUUUGUCGCUAAUGUCCGAGAGAUUCUUUCAAGAGGAUAAUUUUUCUGAAAGUGACAUGGAACAUUUCGAUGCACUAUUCUGUCCAAAUAUGGGCGCUCAUAUUAUGAAUUACCAUUUUCUUAAGGAUGAAAUGAUACACCUACUUACAAUGUCCCCAAUAUUACCUGACUGUAAUUUAACAUAUACAUAUUACAGCAAAGAACUUCUUCCACAUUUACAGCAGCGUCAUACAAAGGACGCAUGGCAGGAAUUUAUAAGUUAUCCCAAAGAACAGCAACUUCUAGAAAAGGCAGCUACUAUCGUAGCACAAUGGUAUCAACCUCUAAAACGUAUCUUUUAUUUUGAUGUGGAAGCAUCGCUAGAUAACAUUGCACAACAGGUAUUGGAACGUCUUAAAAAGGCACAUUGGGAGCAUCCAAUAUUCUCAAUGUCCGCUAAGCAGUUUUCUUUUUGGAAAAAUAACAACAUUAACGAUAAUCAAUGGAGCAAGAAGGAAGAAAAACAGAUAAUAAAUAUGCUUCAAAUAGUUUUAUUUGACGAAUUAGGUUUCUGUGGAUCUUUGGUUUCAGACCUUUAUGUAUAUAAACUGGAGGACAUUCUUAUAGAUUGCGUUUUAGAAAACAAAGUUGGUGAUGCUGUAUCUCUGGCAAUAAUAUUCCAAAGUGUAGCAAGGAGACUUGGCGUGCGCUGUGAUCUAAUAACAUUUCCUACUCACUUUUUUUUAAGUUGGAAGCCAAAAUCUAUUACAGAAAAAUCUGAAGAUGAAGAAUAUUUCUAUAUUGACAUCUUGCAUGGUGGAGCCAUUGUGGGUAGAAACGAUUGUCCCAGAACUCGUGGUAGAAGAUGUCCCAUAGAAAGUUUUAAUAAACACAAUGAGAUUAGUCCUACAGAGGUGGUGUUACGGAUGAUUUAUCACUUACAAAUGGUUAAUCCUAACUAUCAACAUUAUCAUGACAGAACUUUGCAAAUACGCUCAUUGAUGGAAUUCCGCUAUAUGAUAAAGCCAUAUGAUAUUGAUGGAAUUCGAGCACUAGGUCGUCAUUAUAUGCAAAAUGAAAUGAAUUUAUCAGGUCUCUUAAGCUCACUGCAAAGGAUACUGGACAGUUGUGACAGAACGUCUAUGGAAGCAAUUCAAGCUGAAGAACUGCUAAAUAAAUUUAAAUUUUAUAUGCAGAAAAAAAUGACUCUACCAUCACUUGAAAAUAUCAGUCUGCCAAAGACAAGAUGUAAAAAAAUAAAAUAUGCAAUUGGAAUGAUAGUAACUUUCAAAAAGCAUAUUCCGAAUUAUAGAGGCGUGAUUUUUGGAUGGGAUAAGACAUAUAAUUCACGACAUGUAACUAAUCCAGAACUGAUGAUAAUAGAUGUGUCAGAAUUUAAUUCUAUGACGCAACCGUUUUACUUUAUCCUUGGUGAAGACGGUAAUAAGCAUUAUACUGCCGAAGAAUCUUUAAUAGCUACAUAUCCACCAAGAUGGAUUACUCACAACGAGAUUGGCCGAUAUUUUUGUAGAUUUGCAGGAUCCCACUAUGUACCUAACGAGGUGCUAAAAAGACAAUAUAUGUUCGACGAACUUGUUCUCAAUAGGCUUUGUUAGAAAAAAAUGUUUCAUUAUCUACACUCUUAGUCUUUUUUGCUAAAAUACUGUUGUGAUUAAAAAUUGUAAAGCGCUCUGCUUUACAUUGUGCAAAUCAUUAUAUUUAAAACAAUCUCGUCACAAUAACUAAUUAACCAAAUUGCGAUACUUUAGUCACUGAACGCUUAUUUAUGGCACAUGAAGAAAUGUGGCACGAAGAGAUUGUU